CUCCAACCUGCACAGCCCCUCCCCUCCCUCUCCCAGCCGCAGCUUUCUGCCCCUCCUCCCUUCUGGCUGCCGCACUGGCUGCUGCGUCUAGUUUAUAUCUUGUCUUCCGAGCAGGAGCUAGGAGCCAUCCGCAGGCUGCCUGAGCAGACCCCACGCUGGAGUGAGGAGCAUUGCUCAGUGCCCCUGCCUGCCUUCCUCCUAAGCGUUAGGGUCUAUUUUGGCCCAGCUUCUGAAGAGGUUGUGUGUGCUGUUGGAGGAACUGUACUGAGUGGCUUUGCAGGGUGACAGCAUGGAGUCCCUCUUUCCUGCCCCAUUCUGGGAGGUCUUGUAUGGCAGCCACUUUGAAGGCAACCUGUCACUCCUAAAUGAGACUGUACCUCACCACCUGCUGCUCAAUGCUAGUCACAGCGCCUUCCUGCCCCUUGGACUCAAGGUCACCAUCGUGGGGCUCUACUUGGCCGUGUGCAUCGGGGGGCUCCUGGGGAACUGCCUCGUCAUGUAUGUCAUCCUCAGGCACACCAAGAUGAAGACCGCCACCAACAUUUAUAUAUUCAAUCUGGCACUGGCUGACACCCUGGUCUUGCUGACACUGCCCUUCCAGGGCACAGAUAUCCUCCUGGGCUUCUGGCCAUUUGGAAAUGCGCUCUGCAAGACUGUCAUUGCUAUCGAUUACUAUAACAUGUUUACCAGCACGUUCACUCUGACCGCCAUGAGUGUAGAUCGCUAUGUGGCUAUCUGCCAUCCUAUCCGGGCCCUCGAUGUUCGGACAUCCAGCAAAGCCCAGGCUGUUAAUGUGGCCAUAUGGGCCCUGGCCUCAGUGGUUGGUGUUCCUGUUGCUGUCAUGGGCUCGGCACAAGUGGAAGAUGAAGAGAUCGAGUGCCUGGUGGAGAUCCCUGCCCCUCAGGACUACUGGGGCCCUGUGUUUGCCAUCUGCAUCUUCCUCUUUUCCUUCAUCAUCCCUGUGCUGAUCAUCUCUGUCUGCUACAGCCUCAUGAUCCGACGGCUCCGCGGGGUCCGUCUGCUUUCAGGCUCCCGAGAGAAGGAUCGGAACCUGCGGCGGAUCACACGCCUGGUGCUGGUGGUGGUGGCUGUGUUUGUGGGCUGCUGGACACCUGUGCAGGUCUUUGUGCUGGUCCAAGGACUGGGUGUUCAGCCAGGCAGUGAGACCGCAGUAGCUGUCCUGCGCUUCUGCACCGCCCUGGGCUAUGUCAACAGCUGUCUCAACCCCAUUCUUUAUGCUUUUCUGGAUGAGAACUUCAAGGCCUGCUUUAGGAAGUUCUGCUGUGCUUCGGCCCUGCACCGGGAGAUGCAGGUUUCUGAUCGUGUGCGCAGCAUUGCCAAGGAUGUGGGCUUUGCUUGCAAGACCUCUGAGACAGUACCACGGCCGGCAUGACUAGGCGUGGACCUGCCCAUGGUGCCUGUCAGCCCCCAGAGCCCAUCUACACCCAACACGGAGCUCACACAGGUCACCGCUCUCUAGGUUGACCCUGAACCUUCAGCAUCUGGGGCCUUGAAUGGCCUUUCCUUCCGGCUCAGGAUGCUCAGUCCUAGAGAAUGACAGUAUAACAUCAUGGGACAGGUCAAAGCAUCAAGAUGGCCUCCAUGGCCUCUGUCAUGGAGCUCCCUCUCUGGUGUAGGACCAGAGAGGACCAAAGGACACUACAUGGAAGUAUCCAUAACACAGUGGCCACGCCUGCUGAGCCCAUGUAGGUGUUCAUGCUUUGCUUGGCUCUUCUCUGGCCUCUCCCUGCUGCCCUGGUUCUAGGUGGGCUCGACCUGAGGCACUGUAGUGAUCAUGCAGUCACAUGGCCUAUGCUGCUGUCCUCAGCCUUUCAGUAUUUCCAGAAG